CUAAAGAACCCACAAGGGGUGGCCUUCCGGAAGCAUUUGCGAAUUCUGCCGAAAAUCCUACACCUGAGGCUAGCAUGGCCGCUACCUCUACGAUGAAGCAAACCGGUCGCUCAACAAAACAGGGAAGUAGUAAAGAAGAUCCACCAACAACUUCUACGAACAGGAAUGAUGAACAAAAUGGGGAUGGCCAAGUGAAAGAGACGCUUCGCAAGAUGAAGUCUUUGAUGCGUGGUUGGCAGGACGAUAUUGAGGAACAUCAUGUGAUGUCAGCGCCGCCACGAACUAGCCACCAUUAAGGCUGCACCUCAUCAUACAUCUUCUUUGGACGGCGCAUCCUUGAAACGUAAAUGGAAGAGUAAGUAUCUAUAAUCCUAAGGGAAUACAACUUUCCCAUACUAACUUUUCAAGGAUGUUGCAGUUGAAAGAUGAAUUACGGACAGCUCUAACAGCAAAUUGGCGACCCAGUCGAAGUUGGUCGACACUUCAGCAAGAUUCGCCCUUCAACUGGAACGUUAUCCGUCAGACGGACAACCGCGAACAUGAUUCAAGAGGAGGAGCAGUGGGGGCAAACGAGCAGUGGGCGGUCGAUGCAACAGGCGAAUCCGUUUGUGGCUUCUUCUUCUGCUUUGUUGAACCAAGGUGCAACUACUACCAAUGAUGCAUCAAACCAGGUUGAUGUAGCUUCUGAUGAUGAGGCUUCAUGGGGAGACGAAUCUUCUAGUGACGAGCAUACAGAAGUUGUGCAUCCUGGUGAUGGAGGGUCCUCCACGUCUGCUUCAGACACCUCAGCUUCUAACUCAGAGGAUGAAGGCCACAAACUCCGCUCAGCUUGUUGCACGCGCAGAAGUUUGCGACACUUCUGGCGUUGCUUGUAUGAUAGACGAUGCCGCUGCUGUCGUAAGAAGCCAACCUUGGAUGUACCGCCUUUACGACGUAGAAGUAGUUCUCCUGAUGGCCAUGAUAAAGAUCAACACCACCAUGAUAAACACCGCCAACAUCUAGCAGCUCAAAAUAGGAAAACCAUGAAAAACGGCCCGAGUUUCUUCGAUGGCGGCAGCAAUAUUCAGAGAAGCAGUUUGAACGUAGGACACGAAGAUGGGACACGAAGACCUUCUGAUCACUCCGUUUCUCUUCUCGAACAAGAUGAUCCAUCUGGUACUAGAGAUGCAGCCUCUACUAGUGGCAGCGACUCAGACGAUGCAAGUGAGGUUUCCUCUGGCGUUUUCGAGGAGGAUCCAACCGAAGACGAUGUCGCUUUAGUCUCCUACACGGCCAAUACCAAAGCAGGGUUGAAAGACGGCUAUUUCUUCACGGACGACGAGGUGAUCGAGAUGCACUUGUUCAAGAUUUCGCUAUUUCAACCUCCCUGUGGCGCCAACCCCCAUCCUUACCUACAGAACCUAGCGUAUCAGCGGUUCGAGUUCCA